GCAGAUAUAUCGAGUAUAUUAGAAAAAUACUCAUAAGCUUUGUGAUUUUACUUUUAUAGACCGUUAAAAAUUAUCUAGACUAUAGUUGACCAUUUUGCAUUCAUAUUUUGACUAUGGCCAAAGGGAGCGAGCAGUAAGCUCCGGCGAUGGAAGCGGUGGCGGAAGGGCUGUGGGCGCUGGCGGAGCACCACGAGCAGAGGCGAGAGAUUGGGAAGGCGAUAAAGUGUCUGGAAGCCAUCUGCCAGAGCUCAGUCUCUUUUCUCCCCAUUGUUGAAAUCAAAACCCGACUUCGAGUCGCCGCUCUUUUGCUCAAGCACACGCACAACGUCAACCACGCCAAGGCACACCUUGAGCGUUCCCAACUUCUCUUGAAGUCUAUUCCUUCUUCCUUUGAACUGAAGUGCAGAGCUUAUAGCCUGUUGAGCCAGUGCUACCAUCUUGUGGGAGCAAUUCCUUCACAAAAACAGAUACUAAAUAAGGGUUUAGAGCUUUCUGCAAUAUCUGGAGACGGAAGAAAUGAUUACAAAGGAGCAACCACCCCUUUUUCUCCAAAAGUUUCCUCCCACGGAAUAUUUAUGCUUGCAAAUGCCCUGAUAAUUGAGGGUGACUACAAUGGGUCAAUUUUGGCUUUGGAACAAGGACUCAACUGUGCAAUGGAGAUGUAUUUUCCAGAAUUGCAGAUGUUUUUUGCUACUUCGAUACUGCAUGUGCGAGUGAUGGAGUGGGAGAGUACGAAUCUGGUAGAGGAAUCUGUCAGUAGAUGCAACAUGAUAUGGGAAGCUAUAGAGCCUGAUAAAAGACAACACUGCAUUGGUUUACUGUUUUAUCAUGGGCUUCUUCAAGUAUUCUAUCUACUCCGUAUCUGUGACUACAAGGCUGCUGGCCAACAUAUUGAGAAAUUGGACGCUGUUAUGAAGACUGACCUGCAGAAGAUGCAAAAUAUUAAAGACCUCACUAAUGAACUCGAUGCACUGAAUCAGAAUCUGUCACGUUCCGGCUUGAGCUACAAAGACAGAUCAGCUCUUUCUGAAAAACAAAAUAAGAUUGAGGAACAACUCAACAAGUUUACAGGGAUGAACUCAACUGGAAAAGCACCCCUGGAGCCUGCGUAUUUUGGAAAUCUCAAGCGAGCAUUAGCAGAUAAACUUGAGUUGGCUCCGCCACCGAUUGAUGGGGAGUGGCUGCCAAAAAGUGCAGUGUACGCAUUGGUAGAUCUCAUGGUUGUUGUUUUUAGCCGGCCCAAGGGGCUCUUUAAGGAUUGUCAAAAGCGGAUUCAGUCUGGGUUACAAAUUAUUCAAGAGGAGCUGGUGCAGUUGGGAAUCAAUGAUGGUGUUAAUGAGGUGGAAUUGCAACAUUCUGCAAUUUGGAUGACUGGAGUGUAUUUAAUGCUUCUAAUGCAGUUCCUUGAAAACAAAGUAGCAAUUGAUCUUACGCGAACUGAGUUUAAGGAAGCGCAAGAGGCAUUGGUGCAGAUGAGAAACUGGUUCGUACGCUUUCCAACCAUCCUACAGGCUUGUGAGAGCAUGAUUGAGAUGUUAAGGGGCCAAUAUGCACACUCUGUUGGCUGCUAUGAUGAAGCUUCUUUUCAUUUUCUUGAAGCAUCAAAGUUGACUCAGAGCAAAUCAAUGCAAGCUAUGUGCCACAUUUAUGCAGCUGUCUCGUUUCUCUGCAUAGGGCCUCGCCAUACGCAGGCCGUUGAUUUGAUUGGACCUGUUUUAGGAGUGAUAGAUUCUUUUGUUGGGGUGCGGGAAAAGACCUGUGCCCUGUAUACUUAUGGCUUUCUACUCAUGAAGCAACAAAAUUUGCAAGAAGCCAGAGUGCGACUUGCCUCUGGCUUGCAGAGCACACACACUUAUCUGGGGAAUCUUCAACUCGUUUCACAGUUUCUGACCGUGCUGGGAAAUUUGGCACUUUCCCUACAUGAUACUGGACAAGCUCGAGAGAUUUUGAGAUCUGCUCUCACACUGGCAAAGAAGCUUUAUGAUAUUCCAACACAGACAUGGGUUCUGUCAAAUAUGACAGCUUUGUACCAGCAAUCAGGGGAGAGAGGUAGUGAAAUGGAGAACACCGAGUAUCAAAAGAGGAAAGUAGAGGAUUUGCAGCAAAGACUUGCACUUGCACGUUCGUCCUUUCAUCACAAUGCGCUCAUUGACAAAGUAAAAGUCCUGGUUGAUCAAGUGAACGAGCCUGACAUGAAACGAGCAAUAGCCGGGCCUUCCAGAGCUGUCGAUCUCGACAUCCCUGAAUCCGUUGGGCUUUCUACUCCACAGCCCAUGUCAUCUUCAGUGAGGCUCAUGGAUUCGGACAUUGGGAGACUUCGCAGGAGAAAGUUUUAGUGUAAUAGCAUCAUGUUUCCCAUUACUAGGUGUGUACAUACAUAAAUGUAAGCCGUUUUAGAAUUCACAUUCUCAGUGUAAUUUAUGGUUAUCAAAGUCCACAGUUUGCGUUUUCAUCUGGGUUUUGUAUUUCAUGUGCAAUUCUCAAUUCUCCUUUGCCGCGGCAAAAGCAAGAAAACCACGUUCAACUCAACCAACCAAUGAAUGAAUCGUACAUUUUCAGUAUCUAAUAGUUGGUCAAUUACAUUUUUUCAGUAGAUAUGCACACUUUUUAAACUGAAAUUUAUACUUUUAAUUUAAC